AUGGCGACAGCUGCGCCUGCAGGGCCGCAUAUCAAUCACUACCGACUACGUCGAGUCGCUUCUUCUGCUGAGAAAUCAUGCUCCAUCUGCUAUAAACCCACAGACUGUGUGCUCAUAUCUACAGAUAGUAAAGAUUGGUUCUAUGUCUGUCAAAGUCAUCUAGUCGCUGGCUUUGCAACGCCCAUUGCAGCGCCAGCAGCGGUAGCCAAGCCCGAUGACAAGGCAAAACUAGAAGCAGAGAUUGCAAAAGUCAAAAAGGAGUAUGAAGCGAAAGAAGCACAGAAAAAGGCAGACAAGGAAAAAGAGGAGAAGGGUGGGAGCUGGAUGCCGUCUGUGGGUGGACUCAUUAGUAAAGCUGCAUCGGGUGUCGUGCAGGCUAUACAGCCUGCUGCAACGCCUACAACGAUGACUCCGCCUGCCGCGGUCGUCGUACCUGAGCCAAAGGACUAUGGAAAAAGCUAA